AUGGCUUCGGGACUCGCCAGGUUACUGUGGACGGGGCCUCGCUGCCUCCUGGCGCCCGCGGCCCCCACUGGGCUCCGCCCGCCGGUUCGGGGAGUGAAGAAAGGCUUCCGCGCCGCCUUCCGCUUCCAGAAGGAGCUGGAGCGCUGGCGUCUGCUCCGCUGUCCCCCGCCGCCCCAGCGCCGCUCAGAGAAGCCCAACUGGGAUUACCAUGCUGAGAUCCAAGCCUUCGGACCUCGAUUGCAGGAAUCCUUCUCCUUGGACUUCCUCAAAACCGCCUUUGUUAAUAGAUGCUAUAUUCAAAGCGAAGAAGCCAAGCGCCAGAAACUGGGAGUGGAGAAAGCUGCAACUCUCUUGAAUUUGAAAGACAAUCAGGAGUUGGCUGAACAAGGGACCUCCUUUGCACAAAUGUGUCUCACCCAGUAUCUGGAGGAUGGCUAUCCAGACUUGCCAGCUGAAGGUGUGAGGAGCCUCGUAGACUUUCUCACUGGGGAGGAAAUCGUAUGUCACGUCGCUAGGAACUUGGCUGUGGAGCAGCUGACACUGAGUGCAGAGUUCCCCGUCCCCCCCACUGUGCUACAGCGGACUUUCUUUGCGGUCAUUGGCGCCCUUUUGCAGAGCAGCGGGCAUGAGCGGGCUGCACUCUUCAUUAGGGACUUCUUAAUUACUCAAAUGACUGGAAAAGAGCUUUUUGAGAUUUGGAAGGUAAUGAAUCCCAUGGGACUACUGAUAGAAGAAUUGAAGAAAAGGAAGAUUUCAGCUCCUGAACCUCGACUUACAAGGCAGUCUGGAAGCACAACAGCUCUGCCUUUGUAUUUUGUUGGACUGUACUGUGAUAAGAAGUUGAUUGCAGAAGGACCUGGGGAAACAAUUCUGGUGGCUGAAGAAGAAGCUGCUCGAGUGGCCCUUCGGAAACUGUACGGGUUCACGGAGAACAGGCGGCCAUGGGACUACUCCAAUCCCAAAGAGAAGUUCAGAGUAGAAAAGACCCUCGCUGCCAACUAGACAGCCCAAGGAGGUUGCUGCCUCCAGGUUUAUAGUGGAGCAACGAAACCAAGGUGUUCAAGCUGGUCAUCUCCAUGGCCUUCAAACUGGCCUUUGGCCUUUUUACCAUGGCCCUAUAGCUUCAAUUGUUCCUAAGGGGAGCACCUGCAAGUGUUCAUUGGAGCAGUUCAGUUUUCUUUUGAGACUUGGAUUUUGUCAUUUUAAUAAAUUUCCCCAAGGUUCUUAAUUUUAUUACUGCAUGCAAUUUAUACAGGUAGGUGUGUGUUAUCCUCUUCUAGCUUUGAGACACAAUUUAAAUCUGUACUUUGGGAACUUUGCUGUAAUACCAAUUAAAAAAUGUAUUCUUUCUCUA